ACUGCUGGGGCAGAAACACUGUUCGCCCACCGAGAGAGUCACCAUGGCCGUAUCACAGAAGUGCCCCACUUGUUUGAUUUUUUGUAUUUGUAUUUUUUCACUGCUUUUCUCCAGUGUAUUUUGUGACACGGAUGCAGAAGAAGAUGAGCAUGCCAAACACACAUACACGGUGGAGAUGUUCAACGAGGCGGUCCCUACCGCACCCCACUUUGUCAUGUUUUACGCCCCAUGGUGCGGCCAUUGCCAGAGAUUACAGCCAACAUGGAAUGAACUGGCAGACAAAUACAACAGCAUGGAUGAGCCCCCGGUGUAUGUGGUGAAAGUAGACUGCGUCCAGGACACCAAGUUCUGUUCCAAUGUACAUGGAGUUAGAGGCUACCCUACGCUAAAGUUGUUUAAGCCAGACCAAGAGGCAGUUAAGUACCAGGGUCCUAGAGAUCUGCAGUCUCUGGAGACCUGGAUGCUCAAGACACUCCAAGAGGAGCCUUCGGAACCAGAGAGUGAACCAGAGCCUCCCAAAGCCCCAGAACCCAAACAGGGCAUGUAUGAGCUCACUGCUCUCAACUUUAAGGCCCAUAUAGCCAAAGGGGCUCAUUUUGUUAAGUUCUUUGCCCCGUGGUGUGGCCACUGCAAAGCCAUGGCCCCAACCUGGGAGCAGCUCGCCACCACUUUUGAGCACUCUGAUGAUGUCAAGAUAGCAAAGGUGGACUGUACACAGCACUAUGAAGUGUGCUCUCACAAUGGUGUACGGGGAUAUCCCACACUGCUCUUCUUCUACAAUGGGCAGAAGACAGAACAGUACAAAGGAAAGAGAGACCUGGACUCUUUCAAAGACUUUGUGGACAACCAGCUGAAGGCUGCCACUGAGAAGCUAGAGCAGGAACCAAGUGAGGAACAGAAAGCAAAUGAGACCCCCACUGAUGAGCCAGCCAAAGAGGAGUCCAGCGUAUUGGUCCUGACAGAGGACAACUUUGAUGAGACAGUGGCCAAGGGCUAUACCUUCAUCAAAUUCUUUGCGCCAUGGUGCGGCCAUUGCAAGAACCUAGCUCCUACAUGGGAGGAUCUUUCCAAGAAGGAGUUUCCUGGCCUCACUGAUGUCAAGAUAGCCAAAGUGGACUGCACUGUUGAGCGCACACUCUGCAACAAAUACUCUGUGCGAGGUUACCCCACGUUGAUCAUCUUCCGGGCGGGGAACCAGGGUGAUGAGCAUCAUGGUGGGCGGGAUCUGGAGAGCUUGCACAGCUUUGUGAUGAGGCAAGCAAGAGAUGAGCUGUAGAAACGGUUUUCUUCAGAAAGGAAUCAGCCAAUGGCAGACUGAAGCAGUCUGUUCUUUCUCCAGUGUUCAAGGACAGAAUGAUUUAGUAAAAUGUUUGGGAAUGUAAAUGUAUUUCUCAUUGGUGUUACCCAACCUCAAAUCUCCAAAUAGGAACAAAAAUAUUGUAUUGGUUGGGUCUGCAAAUAAAGCAAUCCUGUAUGUCUGACAUCCACUUUUCAAGCACUGCUCACCAGAAUAUCUCUCACAAGUAAUGUCACUUAAAAGGGUAGCGCUGAAGGAAAAAUGUUCCAGUUUCUGCCUGUUAAAAAUCAAUUGUUUCUGACCUAACUUCGUAGCCAUUUCACUUUUUUUAAAUGUAAAAUUUUAUACAUGGGAUCUGUUGUUAAAAUAUGAUCCAUUCACAUUUAGGGUACGGCCACUCAAAAGGUUGUAAAAGUUUGCAUUACCAAAUGUGAAGUUGAAGUUGAGUUAAGUUGAGGGUACCUCAUAUCCAUGCCAGCGAUGGCCGAUGGCCUAUCUGACUUAAUUCAGGAAAACACACAUGCAGGCUAGAGGGAGUUGUGACAGAGGCUUCAUUGUUGUCACAGGAGUCUGAUAUGGUAGACAGAUAUGACUUCAUUUUUUAAAAUAAAAGAUCAGAUUAACUUCUCAUGCUCAGUGGCAUCUAAAGGAAAGAUCUUCAUCGCGGACCCUACUCCAUUUGCGACUCCUGUGAUCUCAUCCACCCCUCUGUGCUCCUCCGAGCAUUCAGCAUCUGAGGCCUGGACCAUGUUGCUCCAUAUCUCUAUUACUUAACAUCAUAAGACUUUCUGCUUCUUCUGUUUCACUUUGCCUGUAUAUUCUGAAACACCCAACAGAUGCAGCUGAAUUGGAACUACUACAGCUUUGUGUAAAAUUGUAAAGAUUUUUUGCUACAUUUCUUAGGCCAGGUUCACAGUUGGCUAGCAUCUUUAAGAAUCUAAACCUAUAGAUUAAAUAGAUGGGUAUAGUUUACUUAUGCUACAUUGCUAGUGGGUCUGAUCUUAUCUGAUUACCAGUUAAAUCAUUUGGAAAAAGAAACGUCAUUCACCAAACACAAUUAAAAUAAACCAUCAUUUGGCUGGUUUAUGUUCUUGUUCUCGCUGUAAACAUUGGUUAGGUGAAUUCAUCAAACUAAGAUCUUUCCUGGAUACAGUAUCAAAACCAUCAACCCACAAAUCCAGCUUGAACAGAAGGUUAAUUGAUUCAGCAAAGGCCAAGAAAUAUAAUCUGUCACAACCCUAGUUCUAAAAAUAUUUGCAGUUUUACCAAUCAAAGUUUUUUCAUCCACUUGCAAGGCCAUGCAAAUUCCAGCUGAAAUGCUCUUUGCCCCAGGCUAAGUGAAAAGCACUGCAUAAUGUGGGGUACCAUAUAUUGUCUAAUCCAGGUACACAAACAGUCAGAGACAUGGCAGUUAUUUGUCAGUAAAAGU